AUGCUGCUGCUGCAACACUACUGCUGCAAGACUCCCACACUGCUGCGAGACCGCUGCGAGACUCCCACACUGCUGCGAGACCGCUGCGAGACUCCCACACUGCUGCGAGACCGCUGCGAGACUCCCACACUGCUGCGAGACCGCUGCGAGACUCCCACACUGCUGCGAGACCGCUGCGAGACUCCCACACUGCUGCGAGACCGCUGCGAGACUCCCACACUGCUGCGAGACCGCUGCGAGACUCCCACACUGCUGCGAGACCGCUGCGAGACUCCCACACUGCUGCGAGACCGCUGCGAGACUCCCACACUGCUGCGAGACCGCUGCGAGACUCCCACACUGCUGCGAGACCGCUGCGAGACUCCCACACUGCUGCGAGACCGCUGCGAGACUCCCACACUGCUGCGAGACCGCUGCGAGACUCCCACACUGCUGCGAGACUCCCACACUGCUGCGAGACCGCUGCGAGACUCCCACACUGCUGCGAGACUCCCACACUGCUGCGAGACCGCUGCGAGACUCCCACACUGCUGCGAGACCACUGCGAGACUCCCACACUGCUGCGAGACCACUGCGAGACUCCCACACUGCUGCGAGACCGCUGCGAGACUCCCACACUGCUGCGAGACCACUGCGAGACUCCCACACUGCUGCGAGACCGCUGCGAGACUCCCACACUGCUGCGAGACCAUUGCGAGACUCCCACACUGCUGCGAGACUCCCACACUGCUGCGAGACCGCUGCGAGACUCCCACACUGCUGCGAGACCACUGCGAGACUCCCACACUGCUGCGAGACUCCCACACUGCUGCGAGACCGCUGCGAGACUCCCACACUGCUGCGAGACCGCUGCGAGACUCCCACACUGCUGCGAGACUCCCACACUGCUGCGAGACCGCUGCGAGACUCCCACACUGCUGCGAGACCGCUGCGAGACUCCCACACUGCUGCGAGACCGCUGCCUGGACCAAAAGACUAGACCAAAAGACUGGACCAAAAACCUACUACAACAGAUGGUUUCAAUCCAUGUGA